UCACUAACUUUACCACAUAAGGUCAUCAGCCUCCCUGACCAAACUGGUCGCCCCUUCAUUUCCUCAAAUCAAAGAACAGCUUGACUGAAUAACAGGACCACACUUUCAACAUAACAAGAUUAUAUAAAGCCGCAUCCUGACGGGAAAACUAAGUCAUAAUACAACAGAAUGAAGAUCUUUGUGAGUUUAAUGCUGUGGCUGCUACUCGGCUCCGUCUCCGCAAAAGAAAGUACCGAUUGCCAGCAGACUUUUCCUCAAGACAUCUACGCUGCGCUGAGAGAGAUGACCGCCUCGUUGGUUCAACUGAAGGCUGACAUGAGAUUCCUGCAGACUCAAGAACAAGCAGCACAGCAGAAGACUGAAGUGGACAAGUUGAAGCAACAACUUCAAGUCCAACAGGUUGCGUUCUCAGCUGCUUUGCUGACUUCAGGCGAUACAACUAUUGGACCCUUUCCCACGGCCACUACCCUGAUCUACAAACACGUUACAACCAACAUCGGAAAUGCCUACAACCCAAACACAGGUAUGUUCACUGCCCCGGUGAGAGGAGUGUACCACUUUGAGUGGUCGGUCGCUGCAAAGGGAGACAACAGCCAUGGUUCAGGGGCUUGGUUGGUCAAGAACACACAGAAUGUUUUCAUGGCAUACGAGUAUGAGGCGUACGGUUUUAUGAGUUCUUCUAAAGCCGUUGCGCUGUUGCUGGAGGUGGGAGACGUCGUGUUUGUGCGUCUGGUUGCUGAGGGUAGCAAUGUGGCGUAUGAUGAUAAAAGUCACCACACCACCUUCAGUGGUCAUCUGCUGUUCCCCAUGUAAGACAGAAACAGCAGCUCUGUGAUAGUCACACAGGUUGUUGUUGUCUUAAACAAGUCUUCAUAGUACUUCAUUGAUUUAAACUGAUUUCAUCUGCAUCCAAAU